AUUGAAGGCAGUUUUUGGGAGGGGGGGGUGCGAACGGAGUACGUGUUCGUAUUAGCGCUCGCGCGGGGGCGGGUCGGCAGUAACGGCUAUAACGGUCUGUAGUAUGGAGGCGCGAGAUUCUAAUCAGACAGUGUCAGCACAGAAUGAUGGACUUAACUCUGCAAAUGAAUGUGACUUGCAUAAAAGUAUUUCCUCUACUGCUGAUUCCCUUUCACGUGAGCUGCUCAUGCCAAACAUGGAGCCUGCUGAUGAAGCCAACGAUUUAAAAUCAAGAGCUAUGAUUAUUGAUAGUAAAGUUGGUGAUCAGGGAACCAAUCUGAAACCUUUUACAGAUUUGUCAGAAACAUCUGUGGCACAAGUUGAAUCUCCUGAAGGCUCAGCAUCAAUGGACACUGAAUCUCAACCUGCGAAUUCCUCACCUGAAGGGACAGUACAAGACACAGAAAACAUAGAACUGAAUGAUUCAGGGAUCCCCUUUCCUACAGAGUAUGAGAAGUUUUGGAAAGUGGUGGAAGACAAUCCCCAGGACUUCACAGGUUGGACAUACUUGUUGCAAUAUGUAGAACAAGAGAACCAUAUCCUGGCAGCCAGAAAAGCUUUUGAUCACUUCUUGUCCCACUAUCCAUACUGUUAUGGCUAUUGGAAAAAGUAUGCUGACCUUGAGCGCCGACAUGACAAUGUGAAACGGGCAGAAGAGGUAUACCGACGAGGUCUUCAAGCAAUACCACUUAGUGUUGAUCUUUGGCUUCACUAUAUCAAUUUCUUAAAAGAGACCUUGGACAACAACUGUCCAGAGACUGAUGACCAGAUAAAAAGUGUAUUUGAACAUGCUGUGUUAGCUGCAGGGACUGACUUUCGCUCAGACAGACUUUGGGAAACUUACAUCAACUGGGAAAAUGAUCGGGGAAAUCUGGAAGAAGUGACUACAAUUUAUGAUCGGAUUCUUGGUAUUCCAACGCAGCUUUACAGUCAUCAUUUCCAAAGGUUCAAAGAUCACGUUCAGAAUCACUUACCUAAAGAUUUAAUCUCUUCAGGGGAUUUUAUUAAACUACGCCAAGAGCUGGCAUCCACAAAUGAACAUUUUGAUAAUAAUGGUACUCCAGGAAAUGAUCUAACAGCUGGAAUUGAUAUAAAUGAUCCUGCUCAGUACUUUACCUAUAGCGUAUGA